CUGACAGUUCAUAUAAUCACAAAAUAAGCAGAGUAGUUAUGUUUGUUUUUUAACUCUCUUUUCUAGACGAUAUUUAUUACUAUGCUUAGAGAAUUAGGAAAUUUCCGUCAUCAUGAAAUUACACACAAACAUGGUAUACGUUGGAUGCACGCGUUCAACUCCAUACCAUUGAAUAAACCCUAUAACUACGCCGCUAUACAGACAUACACGUUGUAGACCCGCUGCUGGACUGCAUCUGAACGAGAGAGAUAGGGGAAUAUCCCUACUCUGUGUCCACCUACCUCCCCUCUUGCGCAUCGUGUGGCUCACGAGAAAGCGUACUAGC